AGGUUAGUUCUUGUAGUACCUUCACGCGGGACGAAUGUUACUCUUCGAUUCGGGAACAGAACGAGGUCGGGUAUUUAGUGAUCGGUUGCACGGUUCGCACGGGAUGAGACAAAACUUGUUUCCACUUUCCUGGAUUUGGUAAUCGUUGUCGUCGUCGUCGUUGGAAAAAGUUAGUGUGCAUCCUUCGGAAUUGAUACGGAUUGUCACGGGAGAAACUUUUUCCGGUUGAAUUGCCGUGCCAGUAGCCGGAAUUCAGACGAUGAAUGAAGUUUUCUCCAGUCACUCAAAUAGAAAUAAGCUUUAGUGUUAUCAAUUAUUCACCCCGUGGUUGGGGCAGUCACAAAUUGGUGGCAGACCGGGUGAUGCUGAAACGCCUGAUAGGUAGACCAGAAAGUUGUGAAAGAUAACAGACAGAUCGCUGUCACUCGGUGUCAUUUUGCGGUGGUGGUGCUGGUGGUGGUCUUACGACAUGACGUGACCAUUCACCGGAGGCGACUUCUGGCCCCAGGCGUGAUGGUAAUAUCCGUUUCAGUCCCAGAACGUGACCAGAGGUUUGAAUAACCUUACCGACUGCUAUUGUUUGGGUGAUUUCGUUCGGAUUAUUUGUGAAUGUCGACGCGGAUGUGCGUGUGUGUGUAGGGGGAAUAAUUAAUUCGAUAAUGAAAACAUAAUCUGAUUAAAGAUUUGCAAGCAAAGGAUCGGUGCUUGACUGACAGAGAGCAACAGAGCCGCACUGAACCCGGCAUCAGUGUGUGUGCUCAUGGCAGCAUGAGUGAUGUGAUUAUGCGCUCGGAGAACAGCCUGGGGGAACGAUGAUGACACACUGAUGAGCGGAACUUCAUAUUGACGCUGCAUUUGUGGCGAUUAUUAAUUUGCGUAUCGCCUGUAAUGCCGUGAAAUACUAUUCCGGAGAAUUCGCGUCGAAAGGUUGCCCCAUAACCGUUUCGCCUGCAGGCACCGUAAUCCGUGAACCCGUGACCGUGGCUGACGACUGGCGGUCAAUGGGGAUAAGAGUGGGUCGGCUGCUGGCAGAAAAUCGGUCGUGAUUUAUGAGUUCAGUGAACAUGAUUCAGUGCAGUUUAAGCCGAGAGUUAUUGCAACUAGUUGUGUGUCUGUGUGGGUGUAGAUAGAAAGCUGAAAUAUAGUGUGUGCAUGGCAGUGAAAACUGUGCGGGAAAGUUCAAAUCGAUUGUGCAAAAUACUCGCUGGCUCGGAGAAGGGGGUCUCGCAGUAGCAGCGUAUCAGGAGUGUGAAAUUUGGAAAAUAUCCAACAGAUAGAUAGUUGCCGGAGUCUGUGAGGGGAUGGUGGAAUUCAGCUGUUGUUUAAAAGCAGGAUGUUUUAGUGCAGCUUUUCGAGGGUGUAUGUUUGGGGAGUCGGAAAGAGAAAAACAACUGACAAAUUCCCAAUCAAGUUGAAUUACUUUGCUGUAGGAGCAUCGAGGCGAAGUUGGAUUCGAGUAGCAUAUUGCAACCGUCGUCAGCGCUUGUAAUCCUCUGGAGAGCACCCGGAAGAACUAGUGGGGAGAAAAAAACCCCAUCUCAUACACAUACACACUCACAAAAAAGCAGCAUCCACCGAACGACGGAGUGGGAAAAUUAUUCAUUCCGGGGCAACAAGAAUAUCCGGUAGCACUUGGACACAACGACUAGAACGCCAGGAAACAAAAAAAAUCUGCUGAAAAACCCGAUGAGAAAAUAAAGUAGUUAUACCUACUAGCGGUAGUGGUCCUAUUUCACUGGCAGCAGAAUAUAUAUAUAAAAAACAGCACGAAAACAUCAAGCGACGAACAAAAAGCCAAGCGAAAUUUUUCGUGAAGCAAAAUUAUGAAACGUGGAGUGUUGAAUACAUAGAAAAAAAAGAAUACUGCACUAUCCGGUGAAGUGAAGUGUUAGGAAAGAAGGGAAAGGGAAAAAAGCGCCAGUGGGUGUCCGCGUGAGCUUCCAGUGGAGAAUGCUGCAAAUCCUCACUCACCCUGAGCAGCAUCAGCAGCGGUAGUGCAUUCCCGCGAGGGAGGGGGAUCGGUGCUGGAUACUGCUAAAAAAUACCAUUGUUUGUUAGUGUUUCCAGUGAUCGUCCUCGUACGUCUCACGUUUGCUGGCUGUAUAGCAAGUGAAAACCCGCCCUGAAAGUGAAGCCCCCGGCACUCGUCCGCCGGUAGAGAGCCUGCCGUUAGCGGUGACCGUUUGCCAGUCCCCCUGGUUCUGACUGACUGUGAAUGCGUUGCAAGUCGCCGUCAGUUCGUCAUCCUGUCAGGACGCUGUUAUGAGGGGACACCUGGAGCGGAGUUGCUGCUGCUGGCGACCGAGGAACAUGGGGAUUAUUAAAAUAACAUUCCUGCUGGCUUGUUCGGUGCUGGGAUUAGCGCAAGGAAAGCAAACACGAGCUCACGAAACUCCACCUGACUUCAACAACGAAGCAAACUUUCCCCGGUUUGCAGAACCAAUUCCAAACAUCACAGUGACCAUCGGCAGAGACGCGCUGCUGGCGUGCGUGGUGGAGAACCUCAAAGGAUACAAGGUCGCUUGGGUCCGGGUGGACACACAGACGAUACUAUCGAUUCACCACAAUGUGAUAACCCAAAAUCCCCGAAUCAGCUUGACCUACAAUGACCACCGGUCCUGGUAUUUGCACAUCCGGGAGGUGGAGGAAAACGACCGGGGCUGGUACAUGUGUCAGGUCAACACCGAUCCGAUGCGGUCACGGAAAGGUUACCUGCAGGUCGUCGUACCACCCGCAAUCGUGGAAUCACUGACGAGCAACGACAUGGUGGUCCGGGAGGGCACCAACGUAACGCUGUCGUGCAAGGCGAAAGGAUUCCCCGAACCGUACGUGAUGUGGCGCCGGGAGGACGGCGACGAGAUGGCCAUCGGAGGUGAAAACGUGAAUGUGGUCGAUGGUGAAAUGUUACACAUAACCAAAGUCAGCCGGUUGCAUAUGGCGGCCUAUCUGUGUGUGGCGUCGAACGGAGUGCCGCCAUCUAUCAGUAAGCGGGUGCAGCUGAGGGUACAAUUUCCCCCCAUGCUAUCGAUCCCGAACCAGCUGGAAGGAGCCUACCUCGGGCAGGACGUCAUCCUCGAGUGCCACACGGAGGCCUAUCCGGCAUCCAUCAACUACUGGACGACGGAGCGGGGCGAUAUGAUCAUUUCCGACACCUCCCGCACCGGGGACAAGUUCGAGACCAUGUCCCGCAACACCGGCUACACCAAAUUCAUGCAGCUGAAAAUUAGAAGCGUCGGCCCAGCGGACUUCGGCUCGUAUCGAUGCGUUGCCAAAAACUCAUUAGGCGAAACGGACGGGUUAAUCAAACUGGAUGAAAUACCAGCACCAACGACAAUAUUGACAACCGAAUCACUUUAUAACAAUCGAUCAAAAGGUCGGAAAGCAAACAAAAAGAUCGAUCCGCUGAUGGUUGGCGAUUACGGUGUGGAAGAGUGGAAGGAAAACGGUGCCUCGAUACGGCAUCCCCCGGGGGCAUUCCACAACGGCAGCUGGGGUCCAUUCAGCAUCCCCAGCACAUUGCAGCUGCUGCUGUUGGGAAAUCUGGUGACGAUACUAGCACUGCUCGGUCGCAUCAGCAGAUGAAACUGAGAAAGUUAUCGAUUUCCAUAAAUCCUUCAGCCCUUCACACGACCAGCCUCCACCGCCGAGUACGUACAUAGAUAGGUACGCGAAGUACGCAGAGCAAAAGCGAGAAUUAGACCGUGCAAAUAUCAUCCAUCACACACACACAGGUAACAGACUUCGGCGGUCGACGGCGUAGCGAAUGAAUGAACUCGAACGGGUCAAAGUUGACCCCCGCAAACGCGACUCCGCAGUUUUCGUACGCAGUGAUCUACACAACAAACAGAUACACAUAUAGCUUAUUUAUGUAGGUAAGUUAAAAGCUGAACCAUUGUUUGUAUACAAGAAACAGUAAAAGUGCAGAUGAUUUAGGAAAAUUUCUAUACAGAAAUAAACGAAAGCAGAGCGAUAAGAAAAUAAGUAUAUGAGAUAUAAUAUAUUGCUAAUUAGUAAGACGCCAGCGUAAAUCAAAUUAGAUUGUUUGUAGAGCUGUAAGAAACUGCUAGGGUAUGCUGUGAGCUGUUUUGUAAAUAUACAGGUAAACUAGUGUUACGAAA